AUGGCGACUCCCGGGAAGGCACGGCCCAUCAGAUGGAUCAAUGGCGCAAUGGCAGUAUGUCGGCGCACUUUUUUGUUUUGGAAUAAAAUAAGACACGGACCAACUUCUCAGCCGCAUAAAUACCCUGUCCAUCUAUUCAGUCCCAAACCUGUCACUUGGCCAGCGCUAGACGAUACACGCGAUUGUCACAGCAGCGAGUUUGCAAUAUCCAAUCAGAUGAGCAACAAAGAAUAUACCCCGCUCACGCAAAGAACCGAAGAGGAGGAAGAGGAACAAAGUGAAAUCUCGCUCGAAGCGGAUGGAGCGUGCACCCCAAGCACAAAACGGUCCACCUCGCCAUGGUGCAUCGGUAUCGCCUUGGUUGCAUUCCUUGCGAUCAACGGGCUUUGCUUGAUGAUCAUGACCAACCGGCUUCGAGCUGCAUCAAUGGCACUGAAGCCACUGCUCGACUCCACGGAUACCCGGCAUCUGCCUCGCCCCGAUCAAUACGAUGGGCUAUGA